UUUAGUUUUUGAACCGAGAAAAGGAUUCAAGUAAAGGCAGAAAAAAAUGGUUGGAAAAAAAGGAGUAUCACAUUCGAAACGCCAAGUAUUCUCACACGGAGAAUACAAAUGUAGUCUCGAAAUGUUGAAGUAGAGAAUCAUAUUCCUUUGGUUUUCAAUCACCACUCAGUUUCCUGUCCAAAUCAAGAAAAUACUAACAAAAACAAAGUAGUAUUAAGUUUGGCAAUUAAUUCGAUUUAUUAUUAUAUUUAUCGUUAAAGAUUGCGGGAAUCAGUCAGUCUUCUUUGGUUCGCAAUUCAAAGCACUAAGAACAACCCUCUGAUCACUGCCAAAAAUAUGCAAUUUUCGCAGUCUUUGGCCUUUUGCUACCUAUAAAACGUAACUCUCUGGCGCACGUCCUCUGUGUCUUGACACCUAUAUCUUUGUCUUCAAUUCACGGUCUCCAUUUCUUCCUUCUAAAUAUCCCUCUCUUUCUCUAUCUUUUUUCUCUGCUUUUGCCUUUUAUUUUCAAUGGAUUCUCUCGUUUCUUAAAGCUUCACCAUUGUUUUGUUUUAAUCUCCAUGACCCCGAACCCCAGCAGAAGAAAAUUCCUUCCUUUUUUCACUUCUCCACCAUGGUAACCACCACCCCACAAACCCAAAACAACCCAAUUCAAAGUGUUCUCAUCGUUGGUAAUUACUGCCACGAUGUCCUCCUCCAUGGCGGUGCUGUCGUCGCCGAAACCCUUGGAGGAGCCGCCUCUUUCAUUUCCAACGUCUUUAGUGGCCUCUCCGUUUCUUUCCAUUUAACCGCAAAAGUUGGGCUUGAUUUUAAGUACCCGGUUAAUUACAAUCCCAUCGUGGUUCCCGUUUCCAAAACCACCGUUUUCCACGCCUAUUUCGAUCUGGGUUCUAACGAGAAUGCUCAUCAGGAUCGGGUCUUGAAACGGGUCGAAUCCUGCGACCCAAUUAACCCAUCGGAUCUACCCGAUAAAAGGUUCGAAUUUGGAAUGGCGGUUGGGGUUGGCGGAGAGAUGCUACCGGAAACGCUGGAAAAAAUGGUUGAUAUCUGCGAUGCAGUUUUUGUUGAUAUCCAAGCUUUAAUCCGUGCUUUUGAUGAAAGCGGGACGGUAAAACUUGUGGCGUUAAAAGAGAGUGGGUUUUACCAUUUGUUACCGCGGCUAAAGUUUUUAAAGGCAUCAUCGGAAGAGGCAUUGUUUAUGGAUGUUGAGGAAGUGAGGCAAUGGUGUUGUGUGGUGGUAACGCAUGGGAAAGAUGGGUGUGAAGUUUACUGGAAAGAUGGGGAAAUGAAAAUUGGGCCUUUUGGGGCUAACCAGAUUGAUCCAACGGGUGCUGGAGAUAGUUUUUUAGGUGGUUUUGUUGGUGGAUUGGUUCAUGGUUUGGUUGUUCCUGACGCUGCUUUGGUGGGGAACUUUUUUGGUUCACUUACUGUUGCUCAGAUUGGUCUCCCUAAGUUCGACUUGAGAAUGUUACAGAGAGUUAAGGAUGAGGUUCAAAGAAGGAAGCUGCACUCCACCUGCUACUUUGAAGGAAGAGAUAAUAAGUUGAGUUUCACCAAGCCACCAGGGCAUGAAGAGUUCCAUGCUUCACUUGCUUCAACUAAAUUAGUUUCCACAUGUUCCAUUCAAGAAUGUCAAAGAGAUUUGCCAAGAUCACCCAGGACAAUAGAGCAGGUCAUUGCACCCUCAAUAUAACGGGAAACCAAAGUUGUUACAAAAUUCUGUUUUUGAUGAACCAAUAUAAACAGUGCAGGGUAGACCACGAGUAUAGUUGGAGCAUUUCUCCUUUUUCUGUAUCAAAUAAAUUCGGCUGCUAGUCAUUCAAUGAAAGUCCAGAAAUCAAUGGCAAAUUAAAUUAGUAAAUACUAGCAAGAAAGCUUGCAUACAAUAUUUGUCUGUUUUCCUUUUUUAAUGUACUGGUACAGUUUUUUGUUGUAUGCAGCCCUUCCUUCCCUGCUAAGCAUCGGUGGUACUAUGAAAGUGAAGAAGAUGUGUUAGCAUUUGCGCUUUGAGGAGGAAAGUAGGCAUUGGCCAAUAUCUUUGAAAUCCCUUUUAUUAAAAGAGAAUCAACAAUUUGUUUAUUUGUUUUCUAGCCAACAGAAAAUGGAUCAUCUCAAUGACUUUUAUGAAUCUGAUGAUAAAUUAAGUUAAUUUUCUUUUGGUAGGGAGAUUUGCUUUGACAAGAAAAGCUAAUUCAUUGUU